AUGGCUGCACGGCGGUAUUCGAUCCAGACCAUGGCGACCUCGGAAGUAAUGCGAGGCCCUCCGGGCGAGACUCCUACCUUUGCAUACCGGGAUUCAGUCCGCUACUGGAACAUCGUGACUCAAACAACAUGCUUGACCAUCAGUACGAUCUGUGUCUGGAUGCGGAUAUACGCAAAAUUCCUGAUCACAAGAGCCCCGGGAUGGGAAGACUCAUACGCUAUCAUCACUUUCGAAACCGACAAGUAUGGCAGUGGCGCCCAUAUCUGGGAAGUGGAAGAGUCGGAUCUUCGACAAUUUAGCAAGUUGGCAAACACUUCACAAAUCGUCUAUGGACCUCUCAUCUUCAUCACCAAAUUAUCCAUUCUCCUGCUGUACUUGCGUGUAUUUGCACCAGCCUUCAAGAGCAGGACUUACUUCUGCAUACAUGCUCUUAUUUGGCUCAAUUUGGGCUUUUAUCUUCCAGAUACUGUUGUCAAGGUCUUUGAAUGCUCUCCCAGGUCCAGAAUCUGGGAUAAAAGAAUCGAGGGCCGCUGUCUCAACAUCAACAUCCCUUUCAUCGUGACCUCCGCCAUCAAUGUGGUAUCGGACUUCUUGAUACUCAUUCUACCCAUUGUGAGCGUAUGGCACUUGCAGAUGAGAAGUUCCAAGAAAUGGGGCACAUCGGCGAUUUUUGCCGCUGGUGUCUUCGCCUGUAUGUGCAGUGUCAUGCGCCUCGUAGUCAGUGUCCAGAACAAAGCCGUCAAGGACAAGACCUACGACUGGUUUCCAGAGUUCUUAUGGACGCAUUUCUUCAGACGAGCAAAGACCCUAAUCUCGAGUACCAGCACAGACUACUCAUCUCGCUCCGGAAAGAAGGCCAUAGAGAUCAUCAAUCGGCCGCUGAGUCGUACACUGCGGCAACAGAAGAAAUCAAGCGGGACUCUAAGUGUCAGUGAACUCUGUGACAGCGGCAACUGGGAGAUGGAGGACGUUGAGCAACGGCCUAACGGCCACGCAGGGCAUAUCUACUCAGGGAUGAGUUACACGACUGCAGAAGCUCAGGGGGGCCGAGGUGAUGUUGGAGGAGGAACCUCAGACGGCGAUGUUAUCGAGCCACCGAGUAUUGUAAGAUUGAAGUUCUUGGCAUGCUCCAUACGGCAGGCGCGAUCUGGUAGACUCCAUCGCGAUUCUAUCCGCACCGACGACCAUCGACUCGACAACUUCUUUUUCAGCAACCACCGUCGUCGCCAACCUCCAGUCGAAACCGUCGUGAUGGCGCAAGAACGUUCCGGAAUCGUGGUCGGUCUGAACAAGGGCCACAAGACCACCGCUCUCGAUACCCCCAAGACCCGGAUCAGCCGCACCAAGGGCCAGUCUUCCCGCCGCACUGCCUUUGUCCGCGACAUCGCCCGUGAGGUCGUCGGUCUUGCCCCCUAUGAGCGCCGCAUCAUCGAACUCCUGAGAAACACUCAGGACAAGAGAGCCCGCAAGCUCGCCAAGAAGAGGCUCGGUACCUUCACCCGCGGCAAGAGAAAGGUUGAGGACAUGCAGAGAGUCAUUGCCGAGUCCAGACGUGUGGCUGGUCACUAA